CAAAAAACAAAAUGUAAACCGAUGGAAAGGUACUGAAAUAACAAAAAUGCUAUGGGUACCUCAAGUAUACCCCAUUUCAUACCCCAUAUAAAAACUCCCAUUUUUACCAUCUUUUUUUACCCCCUUUUCUCUCACAUCUCUCCUACUCCACCCAAUCUCUUCUUUUCUGCCAAAGACACUCCCCCUCCUUCGUGGAGUUCGAUUCUGCUACAGUACUCAGGCCAAACUCCACAAACCUUCCUCCUUCAUCUUCUUGGAUGGAUAUCAUGGGGACUGAGGUGCAUUUGGACGAGUUGAGUGGGGAAGAAGUUCAAAUGAAUGGUUUGACAUGGGGAGAUGACGUGGGUGGCGGUGGUAAUCCUCCAGCUCCGGUGGGUGUUGAAGUGAAUGCGACUUCAAGGGAAGAAGAUGAAGAAGGUGUGGAAGUUGAAUCUUUGGAGAAGGAUGAAGACGAAGAAGAGAUUUGUAAUAAAGUUCCCUUUGUUGGCAUGGAGUUCCCAAGUAAAGAUGCAGUGUGUGAUUUCUACAAGGAAUACGGGAGAAGAGUAGGGUUUCCUGUUAGAAUACGAAAUUCAAGGAAAGACGCAGAAGGAAGCACAAUUGCAAUUGCAUUAGAGUGCGGGCGUGCGGGAAAUAGACAAAGUCGGACACAAAAUGUUUUGAAACCUCAACCUUCAAUGCAAUUUGGUUGCUUGGCAAAAAUAAGAGCACGUAUAAAUUAUGAAGGGGCAUGGGUCAUUUCAAUGUGUUGUUUAGAUCAUAACCAUCCCAUGAGUCCAACGAAGGCUAGACUAUUUCGGUGUUAUAGGAGGUUGACACCAAAAGCUAUGAAGCAAAUUGCAAUCAAUGAUGUCGCGGGUAUACGACUUAAUAAGAGUUUCCACUCACAAGUCGUAGAAGCGGGUGGAUAUGAUCAACUUCCAUUCAUUGAAAAGGAUUGUCGGAACUAUAUAGAUAAGGUGCGUCAACUUAGGUUGGGGGUUGGUGAUGCGGUGG